CCCCCCCACCGUAACACACGGGCACCGCGCACGCGCAGCAUGGGGUUAGGGAGAUCGGCUGUAACCUGGCGGACAAUGCUGCGGCUCUGCUGCUGGCGGUAUUGGGCUCGGCUACCGGCAGUGAGAGGCCGGUCUCUCUCCUCUGGGUCCAGCCGGUCUGCGCUCAGUGAUUCUCCCUGGCCCCAGGGCAUCAUAGAUCGGUUCGGAGGGGUCACAGUCCGCCUGCUCCCCAAUCACACCCUGGACGAGUCCAGCUUCAAGGGCUGGCUGCACGGCAAGUGUUACCCGGCAUAGCAUGGGAAAGCUGCCUGGCACCCCCUCAGCAGCACCUCACCCUGUGCGGCCCCCUCAGCACCUCACUGCCCCCUCACCCUGUGCGGCCCCAUCACUGCCCCCUCAGCACCCCCUCACCCCGUGCUGCCCCCUCACUACCCCCUCACCCUGUGCUGCUCCCUCAGCACCUUCUCCUCACCCUCACCCCGUGCUGCCCCUCGCUACCUCCUCACCCUGUGCUGCCCCCUCACUACCCCUCUCACCCUGUGCUGCCCCCCUCACUACCCCUCACCCCUGUGCUGCCCCCUCGCUACCUCCUCACCUGUGCCUUGCCCCUCACUACCCCCCUCACCCUGUACUGCCCCUCACUGCCCCUCACCCCGUGCUGCCCCUCGCUACCUCCCACCCUGUGCUGCCCCCUCACUACCCCCUCACCCUGUGCUGCCCCCUCACUACCCCCUCACCCCGUGCUGCCCUCGCUACCUCCUCACCCUGUGCCCCAUCAGCUCACUACCCCUCACCCUGUGCUGCCCCAUCAGCACCUCACCUCCACCUCACCCUGUGCUGCUCCAUCAGCACCUCACUACCCCUCACCCUGGCUGCCCCAUCAGCACCUCACUACCCCUCACACCCUGUGCUUGCCCCAUCAGCACCUCACUGCUCCCCCCUCACCCUGUGCCUUUGCAUCCUGUGUGCUGCCCCUCUCUGUGCCCCCUCAGCACCUCACUACCCCCUCACCCUGUGCUGCCCCCUCAGCACCUUCUCACCACCCCCUCACCCUGUGCUGCCCCCUUUCCCGUGCGUAAUUAAAAUUAACCCCUUCCAUGCCAAUUGAUCACGGACUACAAUGAUUAAUUGGCAGGGACUACAUUUUACUGCCAUCUGAUUUAAAAUUAUAUAUUUAACUAGCUGGGGUGGUGGGAAGUUAUUGGGGAAUUUGGUGUUACACUAGCUAGGGGUUAACAUAAAAAAAAAAAGUUUUUUUAAAAGUUUUAAAAAAUGUUUAACAUUUUAUAAAAGUACCACCCCGUUUACCCAGUCCUAAUAAAAAUUAACCCCUUCCCUGUCAGUUAAUCGCUGCUUACAGUGAUCAAAAUACAGAUCACAGUAUUGUACUGUGAUCUGAUUUUUUUUUUAACCCCUGAGGGUUAUCUUUUAUCUAUUUUUUAACCCUCAAUUUAUUUCAUUAAUGUAAAUAUUUUAAAAUUAUAUACUUUGCUAGCUGUGGUGGGUGGGAGUAAUGGGAAAUUGGGGAAUUUACUGUUAGUGCUGCUUACUGCUACUUAGGAGUUAAUGGUAAAAAAUGUUUCUAAAAAUUUUAAGUGUAAAAAAGUUUUAAAAGAGUAAAAAAAAUUAUGUUCAAAAAAUGCUCAUUAUCACUACACCUGGAACAAACUAGCGGAAAAAUGAUCCCAUGCUAAGGUUCAAAAUAUGCUUUUUGAAAUACCCCAGGGUGUAUUCUUUAAAAAAAAAAAAAAAAAAAAAAUUGUAUGUGUUUGUGGAGUAGUUUGAAUAACAAACCAGCUAAACCACUCCAAAUUGGUAUGUGGACACAGCGUAAAACUUCAAAGUUAGAAAAACAUUGAAUGGCUGCGUCUCAAAUGUGCCCCUUCAAUGUUCACAUAUACCUGGGGGUACUGUUGUACUCAGACGACAUAGCUGAGCAACAUAUGAAGUAUUAUACAGCCGUAGCACACAUGAGGAUUGCAAAAGAUGAUGUUCAAACUCGCUUUGUGUGUCAAAAAGGCUGAUAAAAAUGCUUAUUACCACUACACUUGGUACAAGCUAGUGGAAAAAUGAUCCUACGCUAAGUUUCCAAAAUAUGCCUUUUGAAAUACCCUGGGAUGUCUUCUUUAAGAAAUGGUAUGUCUUUAUGGUGUAGUUGGAAUAUAUAGCCUUCUAAAAUACUCCAAAAUGGGACAUGGACAUAGCGUAAAAAUUCAAAGUUAGAAAAAAACUGGUAUGGCUGUGUCUCAAAUGUGUAGCCUGCUAAAGUGGUCCAUAUUGGGACACGGACGCAUCAAAACCCUCCAUGAAAAUUCACACUUAAAAACCUGAACUUGUCACGUCUCUUUUACAGCACUGUAACUUCAUAAAAUAGUGUCUAGGUCAGUGAUGGCGAACCUUUUUGAGCCCGAGUGCCCAAACCGCAAUACAUGCCAACAUUUUUCUCCUUAAAGUGCCAACACGGCAAUUAAACCGAAAUACUGAGGUUUAAGUUUAGAAAAAAACAACUCGUACUGUUGUCCGAACUAAUAACUUUUGUUUUAAAAGAACACAGAGAGUUCAAUGAUACAAAUUUUAAAUAAUGAUAUAAAUAGAUAAAAUUAAGCUUAUAUUUAUUAGUAUCUCCAACAAAUGCAAUACAUACACACAGUCUGCUGAAUACACACACACAAGACUGAUGAAUACACACACACACAGACUGCUGAAUACACACACACAGUCUGCUGAAUGCACGCACACACACACACUGCUGAAUACACUCAUACUGCAUUGAGGUGGGGGGUGCGUGUGUGUGUUGUAUGUGAGGGGUGCUGUGUGUGUGGGGGGGGGUGCUGUGUGUGUGUGUGCUAUAUGUGUAAGGGUGCUGCGGGGGGGGUAGGGGUACUGCUGGGGAGGGUAGGUGUACUGUGUGUGGGGGUAGGGUACUGUGUAGGGGGUAGGGGUACUGCUGCUGGGAGGGUUGGGGUACCCUGUGGGGUAGAGGGUACUGUGUGUGUGGAAGUAGGGGUACUGCUGGGAGGGUAGGGGUACUGUGUGUGUGGGGGUAGGGGGUGUGAGGGGGUAGAAGAUACUGUGUAUGGGGGUUAGGGGUUACUGCUGGGGGUGGGGGGGGAUACUACUGGGGGGUGGGGGUAGGGGUACUAAUGUGGGGGGUAGGGGUACUGCUGGGGAGGGUGGGGGUUACUGCUGGGGGUAGAGGUGCUGGGAGGGGGUAGGGGUUACUGCUGGGGUAGGGGGACCUGCUGGGGAGGGUAGGGAGUUACUACUGGGGAGGUAGGGGUACUGCUGGGGGUUAGGGGUUUACUGCUGGGGGAGGGUAGGGGUUACUGCUGGGGAGAGUUAGGGGGGUUACUGCUGGGGAGGGUUAGGGGUACUGUUGGAGGUUAGGGGUACUGCUGUGGAGGGGGGGGUACUGUUGGAGGGUUAGGGGUUACUGCUGGGGAGGUUAGGGGUACUGUUGGAGGUUAGGGGUUACUGCUGGGAGGGUAGGGGUACUGCUGGGGGAGGGUUAGGGAUUACUGCUGGGGAGGGUAGGGGUUACUGCUGGGGAGGGUUAGGGGUUACUGCUGGGGAGGGUUAGGGGUACUGUUGGAGGGUUAGGGGUACUGCUGGGGAGGGUUAGGGGUACUGUUGGGGGGUUAGGGGUACUGCUGGGGAGGGUAGGGGAUACUUCUGGGGGGGGGGUAAGGGUGCUGUGUGUCAGUAUACCCCCCCCCUCCUCCUUCUUACCUUUAAUGAAGGGGGGUGGGGGGGGGACACAGCGAUCCCUGGUGGUCCGGUGGUGGUAAGCACUGCAGGGGGAGGGCUCCAGGAAGCAGCUCCCCUGUCCUCUCGCGCAAUGCUGUGUGGAGCGUUGCCAUGGUAACGCGCGGCAACGCUCCACACAGCAUCGCGCGGGAGGACAGGGGAGCUGCUUCCUGGAGCCCUCCCCCUGCCUCCCGACCCGGAAGCAGAGUAGGCGCCUGCCGUUUCGGGCAGGCAGGCGCCUUCUCUGCAUUGAUGGUGAACCUGUGGCCGCGUGCCCCCAGAAAGGGCCCGGCGUGCCACCUGUGGCACGCGUGCCAUAGGUUCGCCAUCACUGGUCUAGGUCAUACAUUGGGCAUAUUGUUUACUCAGGAUGUAACUGAGCAUAAUUUGGGGAAUUUUAUGACCGUGGCACAUACCAAGUGUAUGAAAUACUCAGCAAAAAUGCAACAUGUAUGUAAAACUGCAAUUAUUUGUCCUUUCACAACAAACAUUGGCAUAAAUUGGUGAAAAAAUGGUAACAAGUUAAGGCACACUAUACGCCAUGUAAGAUACCCUGGGGUGUCUGCUUUCAUAUGAAAGCCUUUUGUGGGGUUAUUUGAACAGUCAAACUGCUAUAAUAUUCCAUGAGACAUAGGCUAUCAAAUCCAUCUUUGAAAAUUCUAACUAUAGAAACUGAAAUAGCCUUGUCUCUUAUAUGGCAUUGUAGAUUCACAGAAUAGUUCCAAAGGCGUACAAUGGGGGUAUCGUUAUACUCAGCAGAUGUAGCUGAACACAAUAUGGGGUUCUGUACAGGAAUAGCAUACACCAGCUUUAUGAAAUACACAUUACAAAAACCUUGAUAUCUGUGUAUUAGCCAAAAUAGAGAAAAAACACAAUUUUACUCCAAUAUUAAGCAGAGAUUGGCCAUGAAAUGGCUAUGUUAAAACUGUCAAGAUAACCUUAGGUAAAUAGCCUGUGAUAUCUACUUUAUAAAAAAAAUAUAUAUAUUUUUGUGUGGCAAUUUUGUUUUCUAUGAUGGCUACUAAACCUACAAAACAAACAUACCAACUUCUAAAAUUGUUUCAUAUUGAAAUUUUAUUUUAGUCCUUGUAUUUUGUGUCUUGUAACUUUAAAAAUAAGCUGAAAUCCUACACAUAUUAUGUAAUCUAUAAAUCAAGACACAUAAAUGAAUUUAUUUUGAAUUACUUUUUCUAAGCUGGACAUAUUAUGCACAAGCUAUUAUUGCCAAAACGGUGGAAUUUUUUAAAUUUUUUUCCCUUUUUUGUCUUUUUUUUUUUUAAUUAAUGAGAAUGUUCUAUGUAUAUGUGACAUCAAAUUAAAUCCCUGUUUGCCCUCUAAAAAACUGUAUAUAAUAUGUGUUGGUGCAAUAAAUAACAGAGAUGCAAAUUGCGUUUGAACACAAACAGCAAAAAAUGCAAAAAUGGCUUGUGUCCUUAAGGGGUUAAGAAGAGAUUGCACUUUUAUUUUGUCACAUUAAAGAAAGUUCCUAAUAUUUAUAUCACUACUGUAAAAUAGUCAUCCCUGGAGUAUGUCUAUGUGAUAUGUUAUUGCACUUGAGGAAAAUAACUAUUUAGGUGAUAUGCAAAUAUCACUGAGUUUAAAAUUGAUGGGUUGGUUGUCUACCUAUUUAGCAAUACUUACAGAUUAAUUGUUAUGUGAUCAGUAUAUAAUAUACAGUGUAACUCCAUUUUUUUUCUUUUUGUAUUACAUUGGAUGCCAUGAAAUAGUGUUUCAAAUAAGUAUCUACAUGUGUUCUUGAUUGCAUCCUAAUCAUUUAUUUAGUUUUUUUUAUUCUUUUAGUUAUGUUCACUUCUGAGUAACUCCGAUAAUAGACUCAUGUGGUAAUAUUUAACUCUGAUUUAAUCCAUUGCCUUGAGUUUUACAGUGCAAUGUAUAUGCUAUAUCCACCUGCUUUAAUUUUUCUUCUCGCAUUAGCCUUUCUCUGCUUUCAAAAUGUGGUACUCAAUAUUAACUGCUAAACCUAAUCAUUCAUUAUGUGCAAACAAAUUUAUGGUAUUUUCCACCUAUUUUAGAGUCUAUCGAAGAAUGGCAGAAAGAUGGCAGAAUUGCAGUGUGGCUACAUGUUCCCAUCAUGCUUAGCAAUCUGAUUACCUCUGCUUCUUCUGAAGGGUUCACAUUCCACCAUGCAGAACAUGACACAUCUACACUUACUCUUUGGCUCAAAGAUGGACCAAGCAACCUACCUGGAUAUGCCACACACCAGGUGGGGGUUGCAGGUAAGUUUAAAGAGUUUUUCUGACUUUUAAUAGUUAAAAGGGAGCUCUCACAAGGAUUUUAGUAGUAUAAAAAGGUGAGAAAAAUAAAAUUAAAUGUAGAAAUCCACAACUCUUUAUCCUACAACUAGAUGUUUCCAUUGUCCGUCAUUGUUAUAAUGAGGUGGUUUGCGGGGAAGUGUCUGAUUACCUUUAAAAGUAGACAUUAUGUACUAGGAUGCCAAAAUUCACUUGAAACAGCGUUAUGCAACAACAGUCUAGUUUAGGUUAUUGUGGCACUGCAUAAUAGCUUUUUGUUUGUAAAGAAACUAUAGCAUUAAGGAUACAAAAAUGCCUUGUUAGCAUUUUAUGUGCCCAGCCCCUCAUCCAGAGAAAAAAAGGAGAUUCCCAUACCUUUUCUCCCUCACAUUCUCCAUGCUAUUUUCCUAUCUCCAUGGGUUAGAUCUUCAAGACUGAUGAUCUCAGUUAUUCCAAUGUUUUGCCAUAGGAAAGCAUUGGCAGGCUUGUGUGCACGCGUGGCAGAACUCUGUUCUGCACCAAUCUUAUAGCCGUUGCAUUUUACUUGGCUAUUUUGGAGGAAGCGCUACUAGGGGCAUUUAAACCCUGCAAUGAAACGGGCAAUGUUUUAUAUUGCAGGGUUAAACAGACAGGGACAUGGCACAUUGUGAUAAAGUGGUCUAGAACCUAUAGUGUCUGUUUUUAACUAAAUGGGCCAAGGAAAGAUCUUUUUAGAGACAGUUGGAAGGUAAAUGUUUAUUGGUGGUUGGAAUCCUAUACAUAAAGGGGGUUUAACUAAUUUGAACCUGAGAAUUGGCCUACAUUGGUCCUAUUUAUGACAUAGCAGGUUAGCGGUUUAUGGUUUUAUUAGAACCUGAACGUCUGUGCAUACUAAGGGUACUUGAACUUUAUCAUUGGACUAGAGGGGUUCUUCUUCCACACCUCACCUGCUGGCAGCUGGAAGAAAGGUUUCCAGGACAUUUGCCUAUAUUGAUUUAGGUGCAUGCCCACUAAUCCUAUGCUAGGUAGUCUGACUGCUCUCAUGUAUAUACAGGGUUAUUCACUAAAGUGAGAAUUGUCAGGAAUUCAAAGUGAAUUUCAAAUGUAAGGCCAAAAUAUCAGAACUGGAAGCAUAGCUGACUUGGAGAAUAUUUCCAGUUCUGCUACUGUGGCCUUAAAUUUUGUAUUCAAUUUGUAUACCUGACAAUUCGCCCUUUAAUCUUAUCAGAUGUUUGAUUUAAAACAGAAAAAUAUUUUAUUUGUAUUUAUUUUUUAAUAACUGGAAAACCACAAUGCCAACCUAAAUGUAUUUAAUGAUGUUGUGAUUGAAAUUUGUUUGCAAAUUUAGUAACAAAUUCUGUAGCGCUGUGCAGUAGGUGGGCUAACAGCAAAGUAGUUGCAACAAGACAAGUUGCAUGUUGUAGCGGAGCUCCCUGUACUCCUGGCUGGGUACCUUUGCCAAGGACCGCUUCCUAGCUGGAACAAGGGACAAACCUCAGCACUCUUGCCCUCAGUCCCUGUGGCUUGACUGAGGCUCUGGAACCGCUCCUUCCUGGAGUCGAAUGGGGAAUUAUCUCUAGUCCUUACAAGGACUUUCCCAGUUGAAUCCCCUGCAAUAUGGAACAGCAGACACAGGAGUAAAUCGUCUUUCCCUCCAAUAAUAGGACGACACACGGUUUUGUAGUGUAAGCUGGAAUACCAUUUUAAUGGAGGCUCACUGGCCUUUUUGUUGGGCACAGGGAUACAAACUUCCAAACCAAUAACACAUUUACAAUGUAAGGCACUCCCACACAAGGAAAACAAUCCCUCCCCUCUGCAUAUCCCCAUAAAAGUCACAUCCCCUGAUAGCCCUGUUCUGGGUGAACAACAUAUCCAAAUAUCACCCAGAUCAGAGCAGGGGUUCAGAAAUUCCAUGGGAGUCCUUUAUUUGACCGACCGCAAGCAUGGCCCCAUUCCCAAAACAUUUCCAGAGAAUCAGGUCGGUCUAGUUCGGUAGUUUGAAAACGAACAAACUACCGAACAGAGUUAAUAGUCAUACCCUGGAGCUUGUUCCCUUCAUCCAGACGAAUGAUCCCACCGAACAGUGCUCUUCUAACUGGUAUAAAAACCAAACGCAAGCGAUGAUGGAAGUCCAGCAGUGUUCAGGAGUUUCUGUAGUCGAUUUUAGUUCCAGGAGAUUCAUGCCCAAACACCGCUGCCUGCAUUCAUGCGAACAAGAUGGCCGCCACCUCGUGGUUGCUUAUAUGAAGUGCGGCCACCCAGAUGAACAAUUAGAACACUGCGGUGAGAAACAUUCUAAGUUGUUAAUAGGUGUUAACAAGCUCCAGGGUGGUCUCUGUUUGUGUGGUUGUUUGGUAAACGAACCACAUAAUCCCAAUUGCACGACCAGAGACUUUUUACAUUAUUUUUCACAGGGUCCAUAGUCUGUGGGCAGGAGGCUGGCAAGCAGGCUCCUCCAGGAGCUCGUGGCAAACUCAGGUAAAAAGGGGAGUUUGCCACACAUGUACAGAAACAGAAGGUGCUGAGGGCCCAGUCAAACAGCUUACAUUGUAAGAUGAGUUGGGUAAAAUGAUACAAGAGGUAAGGGUAAGCUGUAUUGCAUGUAUGGGCGUAUAUAUGUUGUGCGUGUAAGGGAAAAGUAGGUUGCUAGAAGAGUUUACAGUGAAGGCUUAGUAUUUAGAUGACACAAGUAUUAGGAGAGCAAGCAAAUUGAGUUAGGUGUAGGGAGAGAAAGUUGUUAAUUGAUAUGCUUCUUGAAAUAGUGUGUUUUUAGUGUUUUCUGCUUUGCCUUGUUUUUCUUUAACCCCUUAAGGACCAAACUUCUGGAAUAAAAUGGAAUCAUGACAUGUCACACAUGUCAUGUGUCCUUAAGGGGUUAAAGGGACACUCCAGACCCCUAAAACACUUUAGAUGCUGAAGUGAUUUAUGUGUGAAGAGUCCGUCUUUUUUUUUUCCAUCAUGCAAAAAGUGCUGAUUUCAGUAGAAAUUGACACUUUUAUAAAUUAACUUUGUUACACCGCCUUGACUUUCAAGCGAGCAACAGUUUCUAUUACUUCCUGGUUUGUUUAGCUCGGUGGAGCUAAACUGAAGAGGCUACAAUUGCCCAAAGCACCUACCUUGCAAGACUUCUCAUUAAGCUGCAUUGGGAAGUCUGUGAUUGGACAGCUACAGGAAGUCUUGGCAGGGUUAGAAGGGGAGGGCUUGCAAAGACUUCAGAAAAGAGAACUGCAGCUUUUGCAAACAUAUUUUAAAUAUACCUCCAAUAAAAACAAUAAAUAUGUGCAUGUUUUAAUUUGGGGUAUAUCAACUAAACAGUAAUUUUGAUUUAUGUUGCAUUUAGGCAGUGGGGUGUCCCUUUAAGGAACAGAGAUAUAGACUGGGUGAGAGUUUAAUGAAGCAGGGAAGGAAGUUCCAUAGGUAUGGUGUAACCCUAAAGAAGUCUUAAAGGCGAGAGUCGAAGGUGCAAGUAGGAACAGAGGAGAGAUGCAGUUUUUUGACAGUUUGAGGACCUAAAUAGGACAUACUUGUGUAUUAGUGAGGAUAGGUAGAACAGAAGCAGUGAGAUUUGUGAGGACCAGAAUUUUAAAACUGCACCCUAUUUCUUAUUGGCAGUCAAAGUUACCAGAGCACUUAGGAGUGGGAGGUGCAGGAGGGCAGGACAAUGAGCCUAGCUCCUGCAUUUAUUAUAGAUUGUAGUGGGGAAAUCUGGGAGUGCGUAAGACCUGUGAGAAGCUGAUUGCAGUAGUAAAGGCAUGAGAUGAUUGAUGCAUGGACGAGCGACAACUGCAUCCAGUGAAUGUGAGCUAUGUUUUUUUUUUUUUAGAGUAUUUGGCCAUUAGCACGAUGUGAGGAGUGAAGGAGAGGUUCAAAACGUAUAGAAUAGACAAUGCAGCGAAUCUGUGAGGUAGUGCAAUUGACUUGGAGUGAUGUAGGCACAAUAAUUGUUUAGGUUCUUUAUUGGAAUUGUAAGACAUGUUUUAAGCUUGAAAUAAUAAAUGAAGCAAGCUUUAAAGGAAAUAUAGACAAAAUUGAUAAAGCUGAACAUAUAUUAACAAGAUUACAGAUAAAUAAUAAAGAAGGUUAUAAAAUAAAGGGUUUAGGCAAUAAGCCCCGGAAGGUUAUAAAUAAAUAGCUAGGAUGAGAACCUAUAAACGGAAUUAUAGGCAAAAUUGAGAAAGACCAAAGAAAAUAAGUUACCUGCAUUCUUUCCACAUCCCUAUGUAUUUUUAAACAAAUGGAGGUUUUCAGUUACCUCAAAAUGGCCAUGAGAGGGUAUGCCCACCUGCCACGUCAAGGCAGACUUCUUAGGUGGGUCCUAACUGUAACCAUUCGCCUUGCUUCCUUGAGCUUCUGGCAAAGAUAUCUCUAAUGAGACAGAAAUACUCCUUAGAGGUAACUUAAAAACCUCCAUUUGUUUAAACAUACAUAGGGAUGUGGAAAGAGCACAGGCAACUUUUAUUUUCUUUGGUUUUUACUAUAUGUAUUUGGGCUGAUGUGUACUAUGGUUGUUGCCACCGCCCAGGAGUAAUGGGAGUUUGAGCGCAGGACUUGUUUCUUUGAAAAUUGAGAAAGAACCUAUAACCGGAAUUCUAGGUAUGUAACAGGAUAAAGAGAAAAAAGAUAGAAGUAGAACCUAUAAACGUAAUUAUAGGUAAGUAAUAGGAAAGGACCUGUAAACGGAAUUAUAGGCAAGAUUGAGAAAGAAGAUGAAAUAGAAAUAGUGGUUUAGCCAAUAUGCCCUAAGCAGGUUAUCAGACGAUAGGGAAUGCUAUAAGAGAGGUUUACAAGUAAUUCAAGAGAAGGAAAACCUAUAAGCAAAAUUAUAGGUUAGAGGCAAACAUAAUAUAACAGAAUAUGAAGGUAUAAUGAAUUCAGGUUAGAUAGACAUUUAGUUGUUCAGAGUCUUUUGGUUGCAGGUAGUAAUGUAGUUAUCAGAUAAUUGCAGCAGUGUUAUUCAGGAUAGAACCAAAUACCAAUGUGUUGAAUCCGGUUGGAGGAAAAGGGGCUUCCAACAAAAGUAAAAAGGUAACAAAGUCCAGUAUGAAUAAAGCAGGUUGGUUGAGUUGACUCCGGUAGUUGUAAAGUUGGUAUGUGAACAAGGUAAAAAGAUAAUAAAGUCCAAUAUGAAAUAAAGCAGGUGGAAAUUGGAAAUCAGGUUUUGUUACCAAGCUUCUUGGAAAAGAGCCGUCUGGAAACAAAGCAGGUUUCUGAGUAUGAGCCAGGAUCAGAAUUCAUGUCACGUUCAGAACCACAACUUGAAUUAAUGUAAAGGCAACUUCCUUUAGCAAGGUGUGGCCUCUUAUAGCAUCAGUAAUUAGUCCAGGUAGGUGAGGAUGAGAGAAGUUUAGACCCUGUGGUUAGGGAGGACACAAGUGGUAAAACAUAGUUACUGCAGACAUAAACUUGAAUGAAAGGAAUGAAAUACCAAAAUUAAGGUUUGGAUCCUGGUUUGGAUCCUGAUAUAGAGAGGAUCCAAACCUUAAUUUUGGUAUUUCAUUCCUUUCAUUCAAGUUUAUGUCUGCAUAUAAAUAGCAUUUCUGAGCAAGACGACACAUAGAAUUCAAAAUUGAGUUGUGAUACAGGGGUUAUUGUGAAACAGGACAAUUUGUUGAGUUCAUGCUAUUUAUACCACUGGAACAAGACAUGUUGCAGAAAUACACUCUACACAAGGGAUCUUGUUGGCACCCACCGGGCCAUUGAGUAUUCCUUCAUUGGUCAGUUUCCCGAGGCUGAAGUAAAGGAGCUGCCAAUCGCAUCUCCAGCCGAACCCAGCAGCUAGUAAAGAUCGCCUCUAGCUUCAGCAGAGAAUGUCUGGUGGACAUGUAGAUUUCCGCCAGGUAGCAUCAGGCUCUGAAUCGCCUGAGAAGGCCUGUCCGCCAUCAUGGAAAGCUUGCUUGUGUUCAGGUCCUUGAAAGACUAUCCUCAGUAACACAAGUAGCUGUGGGGGUCCAGUGAAGACCCGGGUAUGAGUAGAGUUGUUCUGCACAGCAGACUUGUAAGCAGGGAAAUCAUCCGCCUUUCCCCUGCCUAGUCACCCACAGGCCUCAACGCGUCGAUGUAGUCUCCCUGCAGCUUAAAAUCCAGGGUAAGGUGUCAGUAGAUUCGCCACAGCACCCCCAGUGUAGGUAGCACAGUAGUAGUUGUGAUACUUUUUUUUUUUUUAAUUCUUCAUUUUUGUAGUGCAGGUAUAGAAUACAUGAACAGUAGAAAACAUGUCUGUAGUUCAAGCAAUAAAUCGUUCAGUAAAUAACCAAGACAUCAAAGAAUAGAUGGACUUUUUUAUUUAUUUAUAGAAACAAGAACCGUAGCCUAAGCCUGGAAUGUGUCCUACUUGUGAGGGUUGGUUUAAAAGUAGAUAUAUAGAUUAUUUUGUGGGCUAGGGUGAAAGGCUUUACAUGGUGAGUUAGUGUAUUAAGUGGUGGUAUGGUAGAUAUGUGAUGUUCAUGCAAUAUGUUCGUCUAACAUUUUGGAGUUAUGCAGGGCUUGGAAUACUAUGUGUGCGGUUCUGUGAGCCGUAGGUGGAUCAAAGGGGAUUCAUGAGUCAGGGUAGUUGAGAGGCGUGAUUGCCCUUGCAUUGAGUAUUACCCCUAACCAAUGGGGCAGCGAAGGGGGGGAUAUGCCUUGGCAACAUUAGCAAUUGCACGUCUCGUCGCACUAACUAAUGUACUUAGUUGUUCCCCACGCAUGGUGGGUGGCGGUCUAAGACCCCUGUCAGGAUAGCGGUGUUGUAGGUAGAACAUUGAAAGCAAAAGAGAAGAAAAUAAGAGAAAUGAACAUAAAAAUGUAUAUCAGCAGAGAAACAAAUUGGGAGCACUUGCAGCAUCAGCACUGGUCGCAGUCAGGUGUAAGGUCAGCUUCUCGCUGCGUUCCUUGGAGUUAAGGGUACCACUGUGGCCAGAUGCUGGUUGAAGCUUGCGGGUUUGUGCUUGGGGUCGGUUCCAAUUAUCCCAGCGAUGUAUUGGUCAUCCUGUUGUGGGUCACUAUUAAGGAUCUAGUCGCUCCCCGUCUGUAUGGCGUAUGGCUGUGUGCAGGCGCUGCGUGAUCUCGCUGAGGGAUUUGCGCCAUUGUAGUGUGGCUCUGGUUAGAUCUUGAAAAAAGGAUAACUGUGAGUCCUCAAAAGAGAGCGGUGUCUUGCCCCCUCAGUGCUGACAUGAUGUGCCCCUUGUCAUGAGACAAAGCGCAUUUGAGAAUUACAUUUCAUGCAUGAGUGGAUUAUGUUCUGAGUGAGGUAGGCAGACGAUGUAUUCCAUCCAGGACGAUCUUCCGAGCCACAGCAGGACGUAAGAUAGAUGACAAGAGCCGUCUCAUUUCAUGCCACUGUGUUUGUCAGUAAUAUCUUCCUCUGCAGUCUGAACUCUGGCUGUGAUUUUUUCACAUCUGCUGUGAUGAUAUCAGUGUCUGCUGCCAGCAUUUUAUGGAUAUCUGGGAGUAGGAGCUGAAGGUCAUGUUUGGUGGUAGGUGCUGACCCAUCUGUGGUGUCCAUGGAAGUGGAUUGGUCAGUUUGUGGAGGUCUGUGUCCCAUGGGAAGCUGUGGGUGUCUGUACUCCCUGCCCUCCUACUGGUGUGUGUGCUGUGGAGGUUCUCUGUGUGCGCCAUCUUGUGUGGUACUUGCCUCUUCAGCAUACAGUUGCAGAUAUCCCUGUUGUUGGGUUGGAUCCCAGCCCCUGACUUUUGUGAGCAGUGUCCCAUGGCUGGUGUGUGCUCGGUUGGAGUAACGGUGCCCCAGUCAGAUUCGUCUGGGUCCUCAAAGUCACUGAGGAGUGAUUUCCAGCUAGUGAGGGCCAGUGUGUAGGAUGCCUUAGAUCGGCACCGCUGCUUGUGCACCUUCGCGGGUUGGAAAAAGGGCAUCAAUGGAUUCAGCACAACUUCCCCUGUCAAGUGAGGGAGGUGUGGGUCAAGAAUAAUGCGUGUGGCAGGCAGAUUUCGCUUAAUACCCCUCCCCCCUUAGUUGUGAUUUAACCGGCAUUUUUUUCAAAAAUUUGAGCAGGAGCUAUCUCAGCACACAUCUGAUCAGUUUGAAGAUCAGGCUCCGCCCCAGAAAAGAUAGAUGUGAAUGUCUUUAUCAUAGAAGUGAUAUUGGAAGCCAAACCAGGUGAUCAGUUUAACAAGGGAGGCCGUAGACUGUUACCAAGGACAGAACCUUGGGGAACACCAACAAAUAUGUUGUGGAGUAAAGAAAGCACCAGAAUAGAAGACACUGAAAGAGCGCUAGGAGAAGUAGGAGGAGGUCGUAAUGGUUGAGAAGAAGAAGCCUAUAAUGAGCAGUGUCAAAAGCAUAAGGGAGUGGUUGUAGCAGAACUCGGAUACUCCGCUCCACUAACUCUGCUAGAUUCAAAUACAUUAUAUUGUAAAGGUAAAUUUUUUCCAUUAUUGUUGAAAAUUAGAUGAGACAAACUAGUAAACUGGCCCGUUUGUGUCAGUAACCCCAAUACAGGUUGCCUAACACUGACAACUGUUUUAACUGUUUUAACAUUCAGCAGAAUAAAAAACUAUAAAGCAAGAUCUAGGUUUGUUUAGCAAAGCAAUAGAUUACUGUAAACAAACAAUUUACUGCUUUGAUUUUGCCCCCCCCUCCCCCCCCCCAAAAAGUAUAGUAGAUUACGUAAAUGAACAAUUUUCAUAACAGUGUCCGUUUUUAAGAACACAUUUUGAAAUACACUAUCACUAAAGUGUCUAAAGAAUAGUCUGUAUCUUUAUCAUUUGUUAAGAAAAUGUGCUCAUUGUUUGUAUUGCAAUCUAUGAAUGUUAUAAUAGUUUUCUUAAAGUUAUGUCUACUGACUAUUUGAUUCCGGUUUAUCAUGAAAUUUGAUACACCAGCAGAGGGCAGACAUGGAAACUAAGUUUCCAUAAACAGUUAGACAUGUUGGAACAUGUUUUUUUGUGAUUAACACAAAAAACAAUUCUUUUUGGAGGCUUUUUUUUUUCUGUUCAUUUAUGAGAAACCAUAUUUUGUUAUAUAUCAAAAACACAUUGUGAUAUACCUAAAAAAUAUAUAUAUGAGAGGUUUGUAUUGAAAUUGAACCGUUGAACUUUUAAGAUACAGCAAUAAAAGAUAUUUUUUUCUCUCAAAACUAAGCACUAGAGUGCUAUCAUUGCUUGCUAGAUUAUAUAUUGUGUGUGUGUCUGUAUAAUUCAAGAACAAUUGAGAGAUUCUAUGGCAUGUUGUAAGUUAUAUCUUUGUCUUUAAUUGAUUUUAAGAGAAUUUGCUAAAACUAUUUAAAAUAGAGUAAGUAUAGUUAUCGUUUUCAUUAGUCACGGUCUGUACAAUGGCCAUGUAACAUUAAGGUGACAUUCACCCUUUUAACCACAGAACUAAGCUGGGGUUUUCGAUUUUAUAUGCUGCCAGUAUACUAUUAUGUCUUUUUGACCACUGUGUUUCUAUUGUGCAGAUAUUUGUGUAUUCAUAGGAUCAAAUCCUCCUUAUGAAUUAUUACCUAUUUAUUUUUUCAAACAUAUCGAUCACCUCUGCCUUUUUCUUUUAUUAAAGGUAUAGUGUCAUCUGGUAAUUCACAUUUUUCAAAUGCAUCUUAAUGUAUUUCCAACUGGUACCUUCAUAAGGACACUCAAUGCACUAUAAAACCUAUUCUCAUUUCAUGUUAUGGUAAAAGGAAAUAGUUUCUGGUUCCCUACACAUAGUUGGUUAUAUUAGCAAUCAUUUGAAGAAAAAAAAAAUGUUGUAGAUAUAAUCCUGCAAUUUUUUUUUUCUUACUGUGACAUCAAAUCUGUACUACUUUGAAAUGUCUUGCAACUAGUGCUUUGUCUCCUCUCCCCCUAUGUCCGUAACAUGCAGUGGGUGGCUUGGAUGAAUGCUGUGCACGACCCCUUUCUCAGACUAACAGUGGGGCUGCCUGUCUGGAUGCUGCCAUCUUAUCUUUUUUAUAGUUUUAAAUAGAUAAUCGCUUCAAAUUCUUUAAUAUGUUUGGAUACACUUUUAUAAUAAUGUAAUAUUUAAUAUUUAGAAAAAUAUUUAGUUAAAUAUUGAUAUAUAAUUUUAUGUGACAUGUUUGAUAUUUUCAUAUUUUGAAAACGUAAUUUUAAAAGUGUAUUCAAAAUAAUAAUUUGAGGCCUUAAUUAUAUCUGGUGCUGAACUAUGCUGGUUAUGGUUUUCCUUUUGAUUGUACAGCACUGUGUGUGUAAUAGGUGUACAUGUAUACCAUAUACAAUCCAGUGCACGCACUCACUUAACACUAGCUACAAAGCUUGCAUAAUUAGGAAAAAUAAUGGUGAUUUAGUUACAGUAUAUGAUCUUACAUUGUAUAUGCCAGACACAACCCCAAUGUGUGUGUGUGUGUGUGUGUAUCUAUGUGUAUAUAUACUGUAUGUAUGUGUGUAAUAUAUAUUGGAACAAGAGAGGCUACAAUAUUUACAUAUAAAGCUUUAACAAAUUUGCUAGAAAUAUGACACAAUUCUCACGAGUGACCUUGGGGGGGAGGGGGGGGGAGGGGGAAUAUAUAUUUUAUAACAACAUAGUGUUAGUAGUAGCUUUAUAUAAGUGGCUUAAAAGCUACCUGCACUUGUGUUCAUGUUGCUUGUCAGUAAGGUAAUUUCUCUGAUUUCAUUAAUUUAUUAUUGCCAAUAAUUUUGCCAUUUAUUUUUAGGUGCUGUUUUUGAUGAGGACACAGGCAAAGUGUUGGUGGUGCAGGACAGAAAUAAGGUAAUUUAAUAUGUAUCAUGAGUCAGAUAUAUACUUUUGCUACCACCUUCAAUAAUGAGCUUCUUUAAUAUCUAAUACCAUUUAAAGUGAAAGUGUAAUUCAGAAUGUUUUGUGUUCUAGACUUUAAUAUUGUGUAAAUGUUAAGUAUAAGUGCGGUCAAGAAUAGGGCAGGCUCCUGGGGUUGCCCUAAACUUUGUCAAACGAUUCCUAAAUUGUUUGACCUUAAAGGAACAUUAUAAGGUCAGGAACACAAACAUGUAUUCCUGACCCUAUAGUUUUAAAAACACUAUCUAAACCUCCCACUCCUCCCUCCCAAUACCUUUAUUACAGUCUGAUGGCUAAGUGAUGAUCUUAGCCAAUCACAAUACUUUCAAUGAAAAAGCAUUGGAUUAGUUGAGAUUGUCAAUUCUUAAGAUCAAUGCGUCUCUAUGAGAAAAGUUCAGUGUCUCCAUGCAGAGAGUGGAGACACUGAUCAUCAGUACUGUGCAGCAGGAAGCACCUAUAGUGGCCGUCUGAGAAGUGACCACUGGUGGUGUUCCUAGGCUGUAGUGUAAACACUGCCAUUUCUUUGAAGUGUUUAGUGCAAAAAGCCUGCACGAACUGACUAUACUAUUCCCCCAAGAACAACUAUACUAAGCUAUAGUUGUUCUGGUACCUAUAGUGUCCCUUUUAGCCGAGGCAUAACUCCAGUAUAGCACUUCAAAAUUCUACCUGUUUUCUGCUGCUGGACUGACCAGUGAUUACAUUGUGCUUUGUUAUAAUUGUUAAAAAUGAAACCUAAGACGUAUGUUAACAUUUUUAUGACUUGCUACUUAUGAUAGGGAUUUUACUUAGAGCAUAUCAUAACUUACAAUCAUGAGUGCUUGUUAGAUUUGAUAAGUCCAGCUGUAUAUCAUUACUAACUCUAUCAUCCAAAUUACUUUUAUUAUAUUAAACCACAGGGGCAAUUUUUACAUCCUCUUUCAAACUAAUAACUAUAGUCUGCGGCCACAACUCCUGCUUUUAAUGAGAUCCAGAGCUGCUCUGUCUAUUAUGUAACCUAUUUGCUCUUGUUUAUGUGUUUUUUCUGCCCUACUUUUCAAUGCACGUCAACUAUGAGGAUGUAUUCUGGUAAUAAGUGUGUCAGCUGGUAAUAAGUGUGUCAGAAACCAUAUUUUGUUAUAUAGCAAAAACACACUGUGAUAUACAUACACAUAUAUAUAUAUAUAUAUAUAUAUAUAUAUAUAUAAGGUUAACUGUUAACUAACAACCUGUUAACUAACAACCACAUGUUUUUUAAUUUGAGUCACUUAUGUAUAUAUUUCAUAGUAAAUUGUGACCAACCUUCUGGCUAGUACCUCCCAUUUCCUCAGCAGGAGACUUCUGCCCACUAGCAUUAUCCUGAGGCUAGAUACGAGCUUCAGCUAAUGAAUACCACGAAAAGAGGCUUUCAUACGACAGUCCAGGGUUUCAGACCCUGAUUGAUCACACAGUGUUGGUUUUUCAGGAAUGGGCUGGUUUGCUCAGCAGAAAAUAUAAUUUUGUUUGUGCUAGCUAUGUAGUACAAAUCCUCUAACAGGCCCCUAAUCUCAAUCCUGGCCUCAUCUCUUGACGAUGAACUAAGAUUGGCCGCAGUUAAGAAUACAUUUAUUUCUGUGUUGGAGGCAAAGUUAAAUCUCUCGUGCUUAGAGGGAGGAAUGCAUUAAUAUACAACUCUCACAAUCAUUAAUGUUGAAGUACACCCAAAUUAUUUAUAUUAAUAGGCAGAUUGUGUUUUCAAAUCCAAUGCUCUACAGUGGGUGAUACCAUCUUGUUUUCACUGACAUCACACAGUACAACUAUUUUGAUUCAGCUGUUAUUUUAUGACGUUGAGAGAGAGGAAAGAGUAAACAGAAAUAUUAUGAUUAUCUCCCCAACCUCUGCUAUCAUAUCACCAAGGUAAUACUGGCAGCUGCAAGUAGGAACUAUUUCCCUGGAUUGUAUCCCCCACUAAAACUGGGUAUAUCUAACCUUAAGAAACACUUGAGAUAAUAGAUACAUAACCCGUGAAGCACCUACUAGGGAGAAAUUAUGUCACUAAGGGGUUCUUGAGCCAUUGUGUGUUUGUGUCUCAGUUUUAUUAUGUGAAAGUUGCAUUCCACAGUAGAUCUAGUGUUGGUUAUCUCUUUCAAUUAGCCUGUUCUUUACCAUAAAGCUUUCUUUAUCCCAAGAGUCUUGUUCACAACCCUUUCAGUGCCAAAAGAAACAAACACAUUGUAGAAUAAUGCAUAGCUUGCUCUUUUUGGCAUUUAGAGAUUUGAAAUUAAAAUGCAAAAACGUAUAAUAAGGCAUAAGAUUCCAUAUUAUUAGUGAAAGUACCGGCAUUUCCUGUCAACUAACACUGAACCUCCAGUGCAGGAAUCAGUUCUAAUAAAAGUGAUUGGGGGGAAAAAAGGAAAUGAAGUUCAGCAUCAGCAAUGUAGCAAAUGGUCCUCUACCUGAAUGACCGCAGCCAGAUCUUAAGCAUCCUUAAAGGAACAUGCAUCACGUGUCUCAUUCGCUUUAUCUUAAAUGAGGCAGGUGCCUUUCUCAGAAGGCUGCAAAAAGCAGGUAAAUAUUUCUCUCCCAAAUUGCCAAGUGAUGCGUGUCCCUUUAAGAACUGAUUGCAGAGCAAUGCUAAGAGUAAAAAUUCACAGGUGGUAAAUGCGCACAAUUGUCAUAUCCAACCAAUGUCCCUGGGGGCAGGCCCUCUUUGGACACCAUCAAUACAUACCUACAGUUUAUAAAUUACACCUUGUUCUUUAGAAUCAUUAAUUUGCUUCAAACUGCUUUUGGCCAAAAUUGCAAAUUAUGAAAUUAGAGUAAAGUCAUAAAAGAGUCGUUUUGACACAGGCAUUAGAAUUCUGUUGUUUUAGUUAGAAAUGUGCUGUGCAUGGCCUGAACACUUAGCAUGAGUUGGCUAGAUUGAGUGCGUACAUGAAUGUUUUAUCAUAAAGGCUUGGAAAGUGAGAAGCCAGAGGAGAGUUAUUUUCCAUGGAUCAGGCAGUAAAUGAAGUACAACUUUUACAUUGUAUCAUUUCUAUCCUACUGGCUGCUUGACAUUGCACAUCCACUAAAAAGCAGCCAAUUAAAUAUAGAAAUUAUUCAAGGGGAAAUGUUUUAUAGCUACAUAAAUCAAAAGAAAUGUAUUUUCCAGUGGUUUCCAGUGACUUGCAUGGUGUCUCAAAAGAAAUCCAGUGUGCUCUUUAAAUAAACCUCUGGUUGUAACAACAGAUAUAGAAUAUGAAUAUAUGUACAAUUCAGAGGUGGCAAGAUCAUGGCAGUUUAUAAAAAAGAACAGUGUCCUCCAUACCACUUCUUCCUGCAUCACUUUGAGACAUCUGUCUCAUUCAAACGCUUUAUUGUUGAAAAAGCUGAAAAAAGCAAGUAAUGAUGUUUUUUAUAUUUAUUUGAUUCUUCUUUCUUAUGCUUUCCACACCCAGUCCAGGUGGGACACUGAUCUAAUAGGAAAGCUGAAAAAAGUGUAUGGGGCACACCUGACAAAUUUACACAUGUACACCUUGCAAAAUCUGGCAGGACCAGAAGAGAGAGGGAGUAAGACAAAUGUGAUUAGUGCAGAGCAGGGUCCAUCCUGUGUCAGACUUCUCUCUCCUGCUGCUGCACAAUGAUGCUGUGUUUCUGUCUGAAACUAAGAUUGUCAGGUAAAAGGGAGUGGGGUGUGGGUAGGCUGAAGAAACUCCACUAGCGCCUUGAAGGGAGCAGGUUUGGCUGCUGAACACAGUUCUCAUGUGCCUCCAGUUCCACUAGAUCUUCUUGUCAGGUAGAGUGAUGGGGAACUCAAAAAAGAAAAAAAAAUCGAAAAAGGAUCUACAAAGAGUGUAUCCGUCCAUGAAUCUCAACCAGCCAGACUGCACCAGAGCUGUCAUGUCUUAACCCUUAAAGGGACACUCCAGGCACCCAGACCACUUCUGCCCAUUGGAGUGGUCUGGGUGCUAACUCCCACUACUCUUAACCCUGCAACUGUAAUUAUUGCAGUUUUUUAUAAACUGCAAUAAUUACCUUGCAGGGUUAACUUCACCUCUAGUGGCUGGCUACUAGACAGCCACUAGAGGGCACUUUCUGAUUCAUAGCAAAGAUUUUCUUUGUUAGAGCAUCGCUGGACGUCCUCACACUGUGUGAGGACCUCCAGCGUCGCUCAAUUCCCCAUAGGAAAGCACUGAAAAUCUUUUUCAAUGCUUUCCUAUGUUGAGACCUAAUGCGUGUGCGCGGCAUUGCUGCGCAUGCGCAUUAAGUUUUUCUCAGCCGGCGGGCGGUUUCAGUCUCACUCACCAGCCGACUUGAUUACUGGGAGGAGCGACGCCGACCCGAAACCACCGCCGAGGGACAUCGGCGGGGUCUCAGGUAAGUGACCUGAAGGGCUUUUCACCCCUUCAGCUACCUAGGAUGGGAGGUGGGAGGGAGAGGGUACCUGCAGUGCCAGGAAAACGGAUUGUUUUCCUGGCACUGGAGUUUUCCUUUAAAAGGACAAUUCAGGCACCAUAACAACUUUAUCUAAAUUAAGUUGUUAUGGUGACAGUAAGCUCCCAGACGCACUCUUACCUUAAGGGAUUUAACUAUUCUCAAAUGGUUUAUCCCCAAAGUUGCCUCCAGCGCCAAUCUCAACUCCACCUAGGUGGCACCCAGCUUCUGAAAUUCUAGGAGUGCUGCCGGAGGGCGCCGCUGGUUGGCUGAGAACUCUCAGUCAAUUAGCUGCACCCCUGCCCGGCAGCAUUUUAAACUUCCUGAAACUGAAAUGUCAAAAUCUGGAUACCGACUGGGGGGAGUUGAGAUGAGUGCUGGAGGCAACUUUGGGGUUAAACUGUUUGAGAGCACCAGAACAACUUGACUUAAACUAAAUAUGAUAAAGCUACAGUAUAUCUGGCAAAAAAAAAAAACCAGACAGAUAAAUGUUCCAGUGAAAAGAUAAAUAGUAACAGAUUAAUUGGCAAAUCUGAAGGAAACAGAAUGACAAAAUGCCCUAUAAAGUGUAACUAAAUGUUGCUAUAUUUCUUAACAGCAGCAAUAUCUAUGUAAUAAACCUAUUUGUUAACUGUUCCCACUCAGACUUUAUUUAAUAGAAUCGUCAAUUGAGUAUUACUAACACAAAAGAAUUGUUAGAAUAUGUAACAUGCAAGCUUAAUAAGGAAGCGAGCAGAUGGCGUUAAUUGCCCAGAUUUCCAGCCCAAACCUUUGCCUAUAUAUGUUAAAAGAAUAAAUAUAAAUUCUUCCAGGAACCAUAAAUCUAUAUAUUUCAUAAGGAAAAAUACAAAUAAUCACCAGGGGGAUACUAAGAAAGCAAAACUGAAACAAAAUCGCUGUAAAGCAUAGAAACCAGUUGAAGUAAAAAUAUAAACGAGUCAAAAGCAGCAUAAAAAGAUAAAUGGAAUUAAGGAGAAAAGCAAGAUAACACCUAGGUAAUGGCAAUGAAUGGGAGGUGAGGUUAUCUACUAACUGGUGAUUUGGCCAGUCAAAACUCUCAGGUACACAUAAAUAAAUAUUUUCAAAGAAAAGCGGUUGAUGGCCAGCUUGAAGCAAUAGCCAAUAAUACGUAAUUGUUAUCUGAGAGUCAAAACAUCCCAAUAGCCUAAACGUGUGCUAGAACCUGUAAGUAGUAUAUGGCUGAACCUUAAAUACCUGGGUCAACUAUCAAGGUAACCUACAAUUACCAUCUGUAAAGGGCAUGUCUCUCCCUACACACUAAUUAUUGGAUCAGCACUAAGCCUAAUUUAAAUCAACAUCUAAACUGUCCACAUCUCUUGAAAGUAUAGCAACAAUUGCAAAUAAGUUAAAAUGUGCCAUGAAGAGCUCAGUGGCCCAUCUAAGAAAACAAAAACAAUAAAACACCUAAGAGUUACAGGGAUGAAAAGCUCCUUGGUCUAGAGGAACUGUUAGCAUCUACAUCCAGUGUAACUUUAUUAUUGUAGCAGUGUUUCUUUCUCUUUGUAACAGCCCCCCUGCAAUUAGGAUGACAUAAAAACACAGGCUUCAUAUAAAGCACAUUCAGAUAUGCUCUCAAUUUAUGUGAUGACAUGCAUUGGUGACUGUGUGAUUAAAUAUUUACCUCUCAUAUCAGGGUUCAUUUGCCGAAUGUUGAUUCACAGGAAGCAGUACACUUCAUGUACCUGCAGUUUCCCUGAGAAACUGCAGUGUGAAUGUUCUGAAAUAAAUCCACAUUUUCUCCAGUGAACUCACAAACGAAGGGAAAUAUUGUACCUUUAACCCCUUAAGGACACAACUUCUGGAAUAAAAGGGAAUCAUGACGGAAUAUUUCCGUCAUCUGUCCUUAAGGGGUUAAUGGACCAGGAGCAAUAGUUUUCCGGUACACAGAGAACAUAAAGCUCAUCAUAAACCACUUUAGCAUGCUUCUACUAAACAUAAAAAUAUUUCAUGGUCCUUCCUGCUCUCGUGUUACAUUUUAGAGUCGUUCUGUUGAUUAAAAGAAGCUACUACUGGAAGUUGGUUUAGUAUGUUUAAUGUACAGAAUUUUACACACAAUUAGCAUUUCACUUGUUUUAACUAUACUUUUUUAUUAAAUAUUUAACGUUUUGUUAAUAGCUGACAUCAGUGCACUAAGAAACAGUACUACAUAUUAAAAUCAGAUUAAAUAUACUAUACAAAGGCAAAGUAUAUAAAUUGGUGAUUAAUAAAAGCAUACAAUGACACAUGUAUUCCUUGAUAUAGCAGCUUCAGAAUGUUUUCAGUAUUUGUUUUAACCAGAUGACUAGCAGCAAUAUUACAUAUUUUCUCAAAAAGUAAAGUACAUGUGAACACUCAGCAUUCUGUUAGUGUCCAGGGCUGGAUUUGCCGUUAUGCAGCAUUGCACCUGCCUACAUGUGCCUGUCCUGUAAAGGUGUCUAUUUUAACCACCUAUAAUGUGCCUUUUGAGAGCUCAGGUGGGCUGGCGAGAGGAGAUAAAUACAAGGAGCCCUAAACAGGGUCCUCUGUAGACCAAUCCGCUUCCGAUCUUGAUAGCAGAGCGGCAGGAACUAUUAUAGAGGGUGUAAAACUCAGUGCUGUCUCUGCUUCUCCAGUCUGUGUGUGAGGCUAAGAAAUGCAUUGCCGGAGGAGCAGGGACAGCACUGAGUAGUGCACACUGUAGAACAACUUCUGCAGUUCUACUAUUUAAUUAUAGGAGGGUAUGCCUCCCCCUACACACACCAAUUAUUGUAUUAGCAUUAAGCCUAAUUUAAAACAACAUCUAAACUGUCCAAAUCUCUUUAAAGUAUGUCGACAGCUACAAAUAAGUCAAAACAUGCCAUAAAGAGCUCAAUGCCCCAUAUAAGAAAACAAAAACAAUAAAAACGCUUACUAGGUAUGGAGGAUGAAGAGCUCCUUUGUCAAGAAAGACUGGUAGCAUCUACAUCCCCUGGAACCUUAUUGUUGUAGCAGUGCUUCUUUCUCUUCUAUGAUAUGGGUGCUGUAACCUUUGUAACAAACUUCCAUGCAUUGUUUGCAAAUAACCCUUUACACUCUACAUGCCUAUACCCUAAACACUUUUUCUUUCCUAACCCUCUCAAAACCUAAACAAACUCUCUUUCCUUAGUCUCAGAUUUAUGCACUCAAAUCCUACACCAGAAACCAAGCCCUUUAACUUAAUCCUAUGUGGAGUGUGGGGAGGAGUAAAAGUGGUCCCUAUGUGUUCAUAUGUAUAAUUUAAAAAAGAAAAUGUGACUUUGAAAGAAAAUAGAGAGACAAAGGAAUAAAAAAAGGAUUAAUUUAAGAGCAAAACCUGGUAAGUGAUGGAACCACUUAAAAAAAUGAAAACACCAUGUACCAAUGUGCAAAAUUUAACCCAACUCUAAUCCUAAAUCCAAUAAUUUUAAACACCCCUUGUAACAUAUCUCAAGCUUUUAACCCCCUUAACGCUAAACACACUAUGUAAUAUAACUGCAAUGUUAACCCCUCUCAAGCCUUUACCUUAUCCAUUUCUAACAUUAUCUUUGACCCUGUCUUCAUUUUCACAGCUGCAUAACCUCACUAUACUCACAGAUUCAAACACAAUCCAUUUGCAGCAAGAAUAUGCAAAUACAUACAUAAAUGAAUAUACAAAUGCAGUUGUCAAAUUUGUAUAUGGUUUUAGGUUUUUAUGUAUUUGUCUGUCUGUGGGGGUCUGAAGUCUGUGUUUUCAACAGGCACCUGUAAUGUAAAUCCAGCCAUGUUAAUGACUUUAGAUAUAGAGGUGAAUCAAACAUACAAGUAUUAUGAUGAUUACACUUAGAACUGCUAAUAGUUUUUAGAAAUGAAUGUUGCUGGAUUUGAGGUUUACUUGUCCUUCUAUACUGCUUGCCGCAUAUAAUUACUUUUAGUGUGAUACUUUUGUGGAAGAACUGUAUACAUACAGACUAUGCAUAGACUGUCUCAUUGAGCCACUAGGCCGCACGACUUGCUGUAAAACCAACCAGGAGUUGCAGUUGGGCUGCUUUCAGAUGAUAAUAGUAUAAUUUGAAAGAUUUGAUAGAUGCUGGAGAUUAUUCAUUUUGUGAUUUAAAACAUAGGUGGUGAUUUAGUUUUGAAGCCAUAAUAAAAGCACAUGAUUCUGAUUUAUUCUUAACCCUUUACUUAUAUACAAUUAAUUAUAUAGCACUAAUUUAGAAGCUUAAAAGCAUUUUCCAUUAGGUGUUGGCUUUUUUUCACUUUGAAACUUGUAUUAGUUAUAUUUUAUUGGCAUAAAUGCCACCCUAAAAAUUGUGCAUAUUAUAUAUAUAUAUAUAUAUAUAUAUAUAUUUAUUUUUUUUAUCAUCCAGCCAUUACUAUUGACUAUUAAUUAUGUUUGUUAUAAUGUUACUACUGCGUGAUGCCUACCUAUUGCAUAAACACAUUAUAAAAAAAAAAUGCACUUUUGGAUUGCUGUAGAAAAUGAGGAGAGAUGUUCAGCAACAUAUGCUAUGGGAUGAAGGCUUUGAUUUUAUCAUAUCCACAUGCUAACAAAACAUCUCUUUAGAAACAGUGCUCCAUCUGAAAACAUUCUAAAAGUGCACCAGUUUAUAAUUAGGAGCAAUCUUUGUAUACCUCUUUAUGUACUUCCAAAUCAAGUCUUGCACUUAAAACAAGUCACGCAUGUUUUCUUUCAUUGCAGACUGUAAAUUCAUGGAAGUUUCCUGGAGGAUUGUCUGAUCAUGGAGAGGACAUUGGUUGGUAUCAAAAUAAUGUAUCCUUGCAUGUGUCCUUUAUUUUAUUUUAGAUUAGUGUUGUUGCUACGGUAAAGAAACAGAUUAUGCCUUAUGGGCAGUGCCAGUGGUAGCAGUCAUUCUAAGCACUCUCUUAGUUCAAAAAACAUCUUUGUUACAAUCAAAGGGGGUUCUUCAUUAAACAAAAAAAAUGCAGUGAAUUUAAAAUCCAAUAUUUCAACAUUUACCUCAAUAUACCCAAGCUGUGAGGUUUAACAAUUAUUUUUUAAUGGCCUAGAUUUUUCCAUUUGGAUAUCAACCUACUGUUAAGAAAAUAAACCCCACACAUUUUUCUUUCAAUUUUCCUAUGAGUGAAAACAUUUUCCCUUUCAUCUAAAACUAAGUAAGAAUUUUGCACACAUGGAGUAUAUUUUUCUACUUUUCUAUAUUUUUCAUGGACAUACAGAGGUUAAAGCUGCUGUUUGAUAUGGGAGGUAGGUCUUCAGGAGGUAGAAAUGUUUUCUCCAUCUCCGAGUGCCGCACCACUCCCACUCUCAUCAAAUCUUCCACUAAACAGGACUCCUUAUUUUGUCAAUUGUAAAAUUAACCUAUUGUUUAAAAAUGGUAAUAAAGAUUGCCAUUCUGAAAUCAAGAUCAAAUCAUUUCAAACUUGGACAUAUAGAGUAUUUAUUGCCAGGAAUAUGUUUCUGGAAAUCAGAGGGAGCGAGGUGGUGGAUAGUUUGGAUAAAAACAGUUUUGUUUUUUUGAGUCUGCAUCAACGUAAUAACCAUAUGUCUCCAAGUAUUUAAACUUUAAAUAUGUCUCUUAAUAAUUUUAAGACUAAGAAUAACAAAAACUGUUUUAAAAAAGCAGUUAAAUCUAUUUUCAAUUCAGCACAAAAACACCUUAAUCUGCACACACUGAGGUCAUCUGAUGAUCUCUUGUCCAACCUUAUGCUUCUCAUAGAGAUGCUUUAAGUAUCUAUGGUGCAUGUGUGGCAAUCAUUAGCUGUGUUUUGCAUCAUCAUGCUAUGCGUGAUGAUUCAGAACGUAAAGACCUUUAAAAAUCAAAGGUCUUAAUGAAUAAGAGCAUCAUUAAAUUGAGAUAAUCUAUAAAAAUAUUAUAUUCAUUGGUCACAAGGAUGUCCUAACCUUUGGACUGAAAACUGAAUAAAAAUUAGGGGUUUGAUGUUGUUUGCUUUACUGGACCACUUUUGAGCAUUCACAUUAAACCAUGCAGGUAAAUUGUUUAAUAUGGACUGAGCAUCAAUAUAAGGCUUGGUAUAAGUUACUGAGGGCAGACUGGAGCUAACCACAGAGAUCUAACUGAGGAAGCGUAAUUGAUACUGGUUGGUUUUACAGUCAGCUGUAAUACAGUCUCUGUCACAGCCAUAAUUGUCCUAGAUGACUGUACACCCAGACUCUGCUAGAAUCACACAUAGAUUCCUAGAGUGCACAGCACAUCCUACUUCAUUAUAGAAGUCAUUCCUUUUCAGAUAAAAUGAUCUACAAUCUAAAUAUUUUAAUGGUGAAACGGAGACUAUAACAAUGCUAUUAAUAUGCAAUGCAUCAACAAAAUGUAUAAAUAACAUGACAAUACCAUAAGUUUAACAAAUAAUUAACUUGCCUUUAUAUUAAUUGUGUAGGGGUCAGGUCAUUGCAAAAUGGCCAUCUAUAUGUUGUACUAGCAAUAUUAUACAUCUGGCAAUCAAUGAGUGAGUUAUAUUGAAAGAGUCAAUGACGAUUUAUAUUAUGAUAAGACUGUGCAAAUGUCUUCUAUAGUUAGAAUUGUAGCUUCACACUCUGUUAUUUUACAUGCCUAAUGUAUUUUAUGUACAAAAUGAUCUGCAGUUCAGAGGCUAAAUUUACAUCUGUUGUUUGAUCACCUUGGCAAUGACCUUACUUAGAGUAGAAUUUAAAUCAUAUACUUGUUUCAGAGUAUAAUGAAUAUGGUUUACAGACCUUUAACAUGAAUAUUAAGAUCCCAAUAGCUAGCUUAAUCAUUUUUUUAAAGAACAAAGUGGGGGCUAUAUAUGAAGUUUAAAGUUUAACCAAAGUUAAAAAAAAAAAAAUGAGCACUCACCAUGGAGACUUGUGGAACAUACCUGCUGUACCUGCUGAUUGUUUCAUUUUAAGAAUUUUGCUCCAGAUUUUCUCAUUCUAUAUUUAACUCCAAAGUGUGCAUUAGAGUUGUGUUUCUCAACUCAUGUAUAUAUAUACAUGUUGUUUUACCUCUAAAAGUAUUCUUGGGUUAUUUCAAUAUCUGUUCAACUUCAACAAAUGACUGGCAUGUAUUUGCAGAAGUUGACUUCUGAGGGCUCCUUGCUAGAAAAAUCUAGAAUAAGCUGUUACAACGCUAGGGUGAGAAUCACUAGUAAAUAUGUCCAUUGUUCUUUUAUUUUAGGUAUCACAGCAGUUCGAGAAGUUUUAGAAGAAACUGGCAUUAAGUCAGAGUUUAAAUCCCUUCUGAGCAUACGACAGCAACAUAAUCACCCAGGGGCUUUUGGAAAGUCGGAUAUGUAUAUUAUCUGUCGACUGAAACCACUGUCUUAUGAGAUAAGUUUUUGCCCCCAGGAAUGCUUAAAAUGUGAAUGGAUGGACCUUAAAGAGCUUGCUUACUGCAGCAAUACAACUCCCAUCACCAGCAGGAUAGCUAAACUGCUACUGUAUGGGCACAAGGAAGGUUUCCAUAAAAUUGACCUAACUAUAAGGACAUUUCCAGCUAUUUACUCAGGGUUGUUCUAUUCACUGUACCAUAAAGAACUACCAGAGGCCUAUGAAACCAAACGUAACCUCUAACGAACUUCACAUUUUAAUGAUCUAUUACCAAAUCUAUUACAAUACAAUUUUACACACAAGGAAGUAUUUACAGAAAUUCAACCAUUGAUUAUUAAAUUACUGACCGAUACCUCAAAUAAUACCUCAGGCAUAUAUAUUUAAAAUCACGGAGCGUAUAUUUUCUUCUAAACCUUGGUGCUGGUGAAUGGCAAUAAGAGGAAAUAUAUAUAUAAUAUAAAUGCCCAUUAAGCUGCACGCUACUCCAAACGUUAUACUAUAAAUUGAAGAAACAUUUUUCAAUGUUUUGUAUUGAUCAGAGCACAUACGCUUAUCUGAUAUUGUUUGUUCUUGUUUUUGGAAACGUAAAUGUUAUACAUUUUGCAACUAUAAAGGUUAAAACAAAUGAUAUUCUGACAUCACAUUUCUACAUUUUCUUCUAUGGGUUAUGCCGACAUUCUCUGUUUUUAUUGACCUUUAAUGAUUUUAAAAUGUAAUCCCUCUCCUGUGUUUGGUGUAUUUGUUCAUAUUUGAAAGCAUCUCUGUCACUUUCAGGGAUCUUGUAUACUGCCCCACACCCCCUAAAUGUGACAGAGUUUACUGAAGUAUUUCAUGAAGAUUUUAUCUUUGACCAUCAUUUUAACCCCUUCAUGAUGGACAACAUUAUGUAACCAUCAUCAUAUCUUCUUUGCCUUACCCCUUUUCCUAAGAGGAUUCAAUAAAUAACAACAUGUUCAGUUCUGAAUGAAUACAUUGGUCUACUCCACCCACUGUAAUAAAGUUCAAUAUAUAUUUAAGACUUUUCAUAUAUGAAUAAUUAACUAUAAUUGUAUUUUUUUUUCUCCCAAAAUUUUUUUUUACAUUUGUGGAAUGUAAUAACAAAAUGCCUUAUGUAUCUAAAUGUGUAUAUACAGUAAAAAAAAAAAAAAAUAGUUUGUGGCAUUGCUUUUGAUUUAUUUUGCUAUUUGUCAGUAAAAUGUUGCAAGAACAUUUUGAAGAACGUGUACAAUGAUACUAGUGUUGUAUCGCAAUCACAUUUUGAUACUUUGUUACUGGUAAAAUAGUGUAUGCUUUUAAACUCUGAUUGUCCAUGAGAUCAGCUCUUUGUUGUCAUUGGAAGAAAUAGAAUGGCUUUCUGUCCAGGUCCAGUUAUGGCUCCAUUUUUGUACUGGCCAUUCCUCUUCAGUGCCACAUACCAAUCGCUGUAUUUCCGUGACCGAUAAGUAUUGUAAUUGUUUGCCUCCAGUCGUUCAUAAAAGAAGCAUUCAUCUGUUAUGUGUCUC